AUGGGGUCUGCUACAAUCAGUCUCGACCGUGAUACCUUCCUGCGCAGCAAUUUUGACUGGCGCCCCCUUCCAUCUAGUGUUGUUUCCGACCUGCAGCAAAGGCUGAAGGCCAUUGAAGGUCUGAUACGAGGUGGAGGCGGAGCACCUUCAUCGUUUCAGGACGAUGUCCUUACACCAAGUUCAAAUCCUACCGCAGCACGUUCCGAGUCACAAGCCGGCACUGUCCAUUCAACAACGCCACAUGUUCAGUCUCAUACACAUGGGGACUCUCAGGCUAUCGCACAAAUCUCCAAUGGACCAGAAGAGCACAAUGCAAUCGAUGGCCCGUCUUCUAACACCGCCUUCUUGCGCCAGAUACAAGGCUUGACCAGGAAUAUCACGGUCCCGUCCAUCAGUGACUGCAUCAAACAUGGCACAAUAACAGUUUCUCAUUCCUCAGCCCGGAGCAGACGUUUGCAAGCUGACCAGAUCAAAAACACCAAUGAGUUCAUAUUACCGUCACAGCCACACCUGGAAUCGCUCAUAAAUGAUUACUUCAGCCAUACAACUCUAUUUUUUCCAUAUGUUCAUGAGGCCGCUUUCCGAGCCGUCUAUGUUGAGUUGAAGAACUCUGGGUUCAAAUCAGCUCGGAGGACGUGGCUAGCGUUGCUCAAUAUGGUGCUCGCAAUCUCAGCGAAACAAUCGGCGCCUUCAUCUGAUUCGGAAUCGAAAACGGGACUCGACGAUACAGUCUACUACAGAAGAGCCGCCAAAUUGUGCAAUGACUACAUCUUCUGUGCCACAAGCCUUGAGAUGGUACAAUGUCUGUUGUUAAUGGCCUGGUAUCUGCAAUCGACUCAAGACUCGACGCGCACAUGGUUCAUACACGGAUUAGCUGUUAGGGCCGCCAUUUCUCUUGGACUUCACUCAGAUCUGGCUACCAAAGACUUAUCGGCGAUCGAAAAGGAGGAAAGGAUCCGUGUGUGGUACGGCUGUAUUGAUCUGGAUAGAACCCUCGGAUUAUCUUUCGGAAGGCCAUGGUCUAUUCCCAAGUCCUUCACACUCCUUCGCCGACCGUCUCCUUUCCUAACAGCCACUACUUCUUUGAUCGAUUUUGAGCCAAGAGCAAGCCGCGUGGACAAGCUCGGGGUUCUGUUCCUCAGAGAGUCCAUAGAAUUAAGCGACAUAGUUGUCGAUAUAGUUGCCACUCUUUAUGGGGACAAUCUGGGCUUCGCCAAACUCGAAAAUUCCCAAGGUUCACUCCCAAAGGUAAUAUCGUUGGUUGGUCGACUUGAAGCAUGGUGGGCUCAGGUACACCCGUCGGUGCGGUGGCACUCUACAAGCAGUGUGGAUGACAAUGCAGAAUCCCGUGCUGUUGAGGUCCUCAAAUUUAUGCUGAAGUUGGACUUUUUGAACGCCCAACUCUUACUUUAUCGCCCAGUUGUCUUCAUGGCCUCACAAGUGCAGACCACUGCGGAGGAAGAAGAGCACGCUCUAUUCCCAAAAAUUGUUCCAAUAUGCGUUCGGAAAAGUCUUCAUUGUGCAUGUAUGGUGGUUUCGAUACUUCAAGACCUACAAAAAUCGGGGAGCAGCUCUGGGGGGUCUCCCUGGCUCUCACUUUACCAAGUAUUUCACGCAGCCCUUUCUGCGUUCGCCGUUCUGUUGCUCAGGCCAGAUCUUCUGCCGUUGCCUCUACAUCAGAAUUUAUUCGUCCUGGAAAGGGCCGUAGAAGUCCUCGACAACCUCAGUCCCGGGAAUAAAAUGGGCCAUGCUUGUGCAGACUAUGUUCAGCUUUUGCUGUCUACGUUACGGAACACUGCUGGAGGUACAAGCAUUGGAAGAGCAGACAGCAACCUGGCAGCACAGCCUCAAGCACCACCAAACUCGGGAGUAAUGCUCCCACCGACUAGCAUGCCCACAUAUCCAGCAGCUCAAACUGACUUUGGUAAUUACGAAUUAGCAGAUAUUAAUCUUGCUCAAUUUUUCAGCCAGGACCAGAUGGAUUUCUUUGGUCUCGAUGGGAUUGAAAAUGGUUUGAUAUAGUGUUGAGACUCUUCACUUGACAUGCUUGUUGCUUUAUCAAGUCGGGUGUGUAUGAAGGCCAUGCACGACUGUGCAAUGAAUAGUGAUACCCAUUGAGGCAUUUAAUAUGAG